GGGGUAGAGGGAGGUGAAGGAGGAGCAAACAAGGGUCGAUCUCCUCCCUGGCUGAUCUGGGACAGAAGUCAAUCCACUGUGAGUGAGUGAGUGAGUCAGUGAGUCAGUGAGUGAGUGCAGCUCAGCUCUCCUCUCCUCUCCAGGGAGACAGUGCCCCAACAGGGAACCAGAGACAGCAGCUGCAAAACCCAAAGGUCCAGGCGCAUCUCAAGCCCAUCCAUCGCCAGGAGGAGUGGAGUGGGGUCUCUGUGUGCAGAGCGGAUGAAGAUGUGGGCUUUAUUCGUGAAAGUGUUGACUGUGUCCUCACUCUCUCUGUGGGCAGCGGCGGAGCAAAGCACCAGCAGCAGCAGCAGCAGCAGCAGGGUCCGCAAACUUCGCUCCACUUCGGGUGGCUUCUGUCGCUAUGGGCUCCGAGUGGAUUGCUGCUGGGGAUGGAACCGCAGGUCCUGGGGUCAUUGUCAACCUUUCAUCCCGUUAAUGCAGAGAAUAUGCCGAGUAACGUACCCUCUCAAAGCUGUGUGUCAACAUGGAUGUAAACACGGCGAGUGCGUGGGACCAAACAAAUGCAAAUGUUACCCUGGCUACACUGGCAAGACAUGCAAUCAAGAUUUAAAUGAAUGUGGUCUGAAGCCUCGGCCGUGCAAGCACCGGUGUAUGAACACGUACGGCAGCUACAAGUGCUACUGCUUGAAUGGCUACAUGCUCAUGCCCGAUGGCUCUUGUGCAAAUACCAUGUCAUGUUUGAUGGCAAACUGUCAGUAUGGCUGUGAUGAGGUGAAGGGAGAGAUUCGCUGUCGCUGCCCAUCUACUGGGCUGAAGCUUGGACCUGACAGAAGGACGUGUGUGGAAAGGUUUGAAGCUACAGAACGUUUCGCGAAUUACUUUUCUCGUCCUCUCGAUGCAGCUGAGAACGUGGCGAUGCAGUGGCAUGUGAGUCGAGAGGAGCAGGACAAGUUUGCUGUACAGUCCCAGAACCGAACUGAGGCAGCACAGAAAGCUGGCUAUUUUGAAAAAGAAAUUGUUCCUGUCUCCGUCCCUUCCAGGAGAGGGCCUAUCGAGGUGUCAACUGAUGAGUUUCCCCGUCACGGAAGCACCUUCGAAGCCAUGUCUAAACUAAAGCCGGCUUUUGCAAAGGGCGUAUCUGGCACUGUCACUGCUGCUAAUGCUUCAGGAAUAAAUGACGGGGCCGCAGCUGUGAUUCUGAUGAAGAAAUCAGAAGCUGACAAGAAAUGCCUGAAACCUUUGGCUCAGAUUGUAUCCUGGGCCGAGGCUGGUUUGGAUCCUGCCAUUAUGGGAGUCGGGCCUAUAGCAGCAAUAAGGAAGGCCGUAGAAAAAGCCGGCUGGACGCUGGAUGAAGUUGAUCUCUUCGAAAUCAAUGAAGCUUUUGCAUCACAGUCUGUAGCUGUUGUCAAGGAACUGGGUAUAAACCCAGAGAAGGUAAACAUCCAAGGUGGUGCUAUUGCUUUAGGUCACCCUCUGGGAAUGUCUGGGUGCCGCAUUCUGGUUACACUUCUCUACGCACUGGAGAGAACAGGAAAAAAGCGUGGCAUUGCUUCUUUGUGUAUAGGAGGUGGAAUGGGAAUAGCUAUGUGUGUUGAAAGGCAAUAAAUUACACCUAAAUUUUACUACAAGAACUGAAGAUACUCUGCAGCUAAGCUAGUGACUGGAUAAAAUUGAGCUUUUAUUUUAGGUUACAGCCUGAUUCCAAUGAAAUGUAGGUGCAUUUUGUUUUUAUAAUGAAUGUGUAAAGUAGGUAGGUUUUAAAACUAUUCAAAACUUCAGUCCACAUAAAAUGGUUCUGAAAAUUAGUGUAACUUUUAAAUAUUUGAUUAAAAGUACUGAAGUUUGAAAUCAUA